AUGGCUUUCCAGAGCAGUGUUCUUAGAGAUGGCGAGUGGGUGACGCAGACCGUCAGCUUCCAAGAUGCUUUGAAGGCCUCCUCUUCUGUGCCCAAAACCGCAUCUGAUCAGCAUACCGAAAAACCUGCCUGUGGUAUCCUUUCGAGGACUAUUAUAGAGAGUCCCGUUGUUCAUUGGGUUCUCCCAGUGUUGUUGCGGUCACACUCCAACAAUGAUCUUGCGUUUAUUGGGGAUCGCUUCGUUCAAAUAAGUGAACUCCGUGAGGAUGGGCAAGUUCAUGAGGUUAUAAGAAAAGCCGAUUUUGGUACACGAAUUCGCAAUGCCGCCGUCCUCGGAGCAGUCCCAGGUGCCGGGACAAAGGGGGCACGUCCCGGCUCGAUUAAGACUGAAGACACUGACGUUGCUAUGCAAGACGAUUCUAUAAUGUAUGAAGCGGACGGACACCAUACGUUACCGCCGCAACUCCUGGUGCUGAUGCUCGAGACCGGCGAUGCUGUUUUCCUGUUCAUCCGACAACGCUUGGACGGAACGCUUGAAUUUGUGACAACAAAGCACGAGAGCCCUAGAAAUCUACAAUUUUUAGGCUAUCAUCUUGCUAUUGACCCCUCGUUUCGAUACCUGGCUGCCGGGUCCGCCCAAGGGGCGUUUAUUAUCUACGAGUUAGAGUCAUUGACCACUAUGAACUCACAAUUCCGCCAUCAUGGCUCUUUCAAACCUGUCAAGACAAUUAGAGUCCGGACAACGCAUGGAGUUAUACACAAGAUGGAAUUCUUACACCCACGACCCGAGGAUGACUACCAUAUCAUCCUCCUUCUCAUCGUCAUUCAACGCGAAGUCCGUAAGCAGGCUCACGUCUCCCGCAUGGUUGUCUACGACUGGGAGCUCGGUGAUGAACUUAGCACUGUUCUCCGGUCAGAGAAGGGGACUCUUCUCCCAAGAGAACAUAGGAUGCCCCUCAUGAUCAUCCCCCUCAAACUCAACACUGCCUUCUUCGCGGUCUCGGAACAUUGCAUUGGUAUUGUAAAGAAUGCAUUCACCGGACAAACCCUUUUUGAUACUAUUGAGACUCAUUCUCCUGGGCAAACCGACCUGCAUCAUGGAGCCUCUGAACCCCUCUGGACGGCCUGGGCGAGACCGUUCAGGCUUAAACCAUGGCAGGACAAAAUGGACACUAUUUACUUAGCUCGUGAAGAUGGUGUUAUUACCCAGAUCGAGAUUGACGCAACGGCUCUAGUUCCUUCGGUGCUCAACGUCGGAACGAUCAACACUAAUAUUACGACUGCGUUCACCGCCGCCUAUGAUGUCUUUUCGGAUGUGCUCGUGAUUGGAGGCGAGUCGGGUCCAGGGGGUAUUUGGAAGAUCGAUGCCCGCGCCGACCCUCAGCAAGUCAGUGUUAUACCGAAUUGGUCACCCGUUGUAGACCUUGCCACCACAGAUACACAUCUCUCUUGGGCGAGAGGCAACACACACAAGGAAAUAUCAACCAGGCGCAAAAAUGCUACAAACCUGAAACAAAAACCAGAUCGCAUCUUUUGCACUUCCGGUCGUGGACCUCGGUCAAGUUUGACAGAACUAAGAUGGGGAAUCCAGGCAAGGAUUGGACUGGAAUUCGAUUAUGACCAACCUGUUCGCCAAUCGUGGAUGUUCCCUAUCGAAAUUCAAGGCGAAAAAGGGUUCUAUGCUGUGCUAUCGUUGCCGCAUUCUUCAGACGUGCUUCAUUUCCCUGCCGAUCUGAGCAAUGCCAGCGCUUUGUCCUCAGAUGCCUGCCCAUUCGAUACCUCAUCACGAACAAUCUCAGCGAUCAAAAACGACCAAGGAACAAUUGUGCAAGUCACUGAAACAUCCACAAGCUUUAUUGCGCCCUUUCAGAGUUCACGACACAGCCACGAUGAAGCUUGUGGGAAGACCUCGCUGGUAGCAGACCACGCAUCGUGCUUUGACGAUAUUAUUGUUCUGUCUUCACAUGGCGCCUAUGGAUCGCGAAUAGAUGUCUUGCGAGUUGAUGAAAUGAAUCUGUUACACUCGACCUCGUUUGAUGCCAAGGGCGAGAUAACGUGCUUGGGCCUCUUCAAGAAAUCCCUGGAGACCUACAUUGUGGCAGGGUCUGUCAAAGACAGCGUGCCGUGCAUGACGAUAUAUUCGCUCGAGGGCCGCGAAAUCAGCAGCAAGGCCCCCCAGCCAAAUAUUGACGCUGCCGACCAAGAGCCUCUCUUCCAGAUAGAAGCAUACACAAGUGUUGACGCAAUAUCUGAUACCGCCGAAAAGGUUAUCUUGGUGUUCGGCACGAGGACCGGCCACGUUGUGACUGUCGAGCUUGAAGACGGCCUAGAGCACAGUUCAUUCGCAAUCGAGCAGCUCGGUCUUUCACCUGCCAACGUAUUUGCGACCUCCGGUCGGUUUGAUGGAAGUCAUGCUGCCUUGGUUUGCUGUGACAACAAUCUAUCGAUAGUGACCGACUUUUCGACAAGGACCACCAAAUUUCAUACCAAAAGCCGAAUUUGGGCAACUGACUCUAAUGAACAAUCCAUGCCAUCACCGCCGAUCCAUUCGGCCUUUUGCCUCGAAGACAGCCUUGCUGGCUACAAUCGUCACAUGUCUUUGAUGUUACUAGCUGGGACACGAAUUCUGCUCGUGGAUAUAUGGCCUCAUGUUGGCCCAGUCCCUCGCAGUAUUCCACUUGAUGGGACGCCAAUGCGUCUUAUCUACUCCAAACAAUGGAAGGCUUUGGUGGUCGCGCAUUUGAAAGACAAUCGACCAACACUAUCUUUCAUUGACCCUGAUACGGGGGAAAACAUCUCAGCAGCGGCCAACAAGGACAGGCAACCGUCUGAUUACAUCUCUGGUCUUGGGCACCCAGGAGACAGAAUAUUUGGCUUAUGCGAGUGGUUCUAUGUUAAAGACGGAAAGACAUUUCCGUUCAUUAUCGUGACCACUCAACAAGGUCGGCUGAUGAUAGUCUCGGUCAAAGCAGAGAAAGUCGAGGGUCCUAAUGGACCGACAAGACAAUUGCAAUACUGGACACGAUACAAGAAGAAAGGCUUUACAGAACCGAUUUACACGGUCGUUGGAGAUGCCGUGGGCCUCCUGUUUUGUGUUGGAAAGGUUCUCCACUGGGAAGUUCUCGAUCUCUCAGAAAAGAGACUCAAACCGAUGAAGGAGAUCAAGUUGGAUUCUCCAGCUACAUCUCUCCGUGUUGAAGGCCAUACAGUCUGCGCAUUGACCGCGCAGCACUCCUUACAAGUCAUUGACCUUGAAGUGGGAUCAGAAGAGACCCAGGCGUCCAUUAUACACAGCGACCGUAUAACACGGUACACAGGACAUGUGAUGGAAAUGGGGGAUUCUGAAGAACAGCCGGGCAAGUGGCCCGUGAGUGUGAUAUCAACUUCGCAAGCUGGCCUUGCUGGAGUUUGGAUCCCUUGGGGCCAGCGCAAUAAAGAGUUUGAAGUUGUUUUCGAGGGGGUGUUACCCACGUCAAUCAGGAGAUUCCGCAAGGGGCAAACACGCCCCUUCUGGUUGGCAGUUGACCGCCAGCGGCAGUACGAUACUUUGUUCAGCACGACGGACCAGGCCGAAGUUCUUGGGGUUUCGCUUGAUGGAUCUCUCCAACAUUUCUCCCUGAUAGGUAUGGACCUCUGGCGCUUCCUUCGACUCAUACAGAAUUUGGCAUACCACAACAUAGAUGUGUGCCCCUUUGCGCGCGGAAGCCAGUCUAUGAUAGACGACGACGACAUGGAACUCGAUCUGGAUUUGGAACUGGAACCUCAAUCUUAUCCCGACAUGAUGCAUAUUGAUGGCGAUCUGCUCAAACGCUGUUUCGAUUUGAACGCAUUAAAAAGUCUCGUGUCAAUUGGCGAUGGUAUCGAUUUGUUUUGCGAAUACUUGGACGGAAUCGAAGACGGCAUACAUACAGAAGGAUUUCGGGAUAAUGGCGUUGACGGACAGGAGAAGUAUAUUGAGCUGGGCUACAAGAUACUGGAGUAUGUUUUGGCUCCACCGAUCUGA